AUGACGACGCAGCAGGCGCUGCCCGCGCAGAAGCUCGAGCUGGUGGUGGACCUCCCCGAGGGCCGUGGGCUCGUCGCCACCGAGGAGGUCCGCCGCGGCGAGUCCCUUCUGGACAUUCCCGAGAGCACCCUGAUCACGGUUGAGCGCGCCAUCGCGGAGUCCAACCUCGGCCCCGCGCACGCCAACCUCCAGGAGUGGUCGGUGCUCGCCGCGUUCCUCGCCGAGCAGGCGCUGGCGAUCGACGCGGGUGCGGACGGAUCGCGCUUCGCCACGUACGUCAGGGCGCUUCCCAGGCGCACGGGCGGCGUCCUGGACUGGCCCGAGGAGGACGUCAAGGAGCUCCUCGCGGGUUCGCCCUCACAGCGCGCGGCGAUGGAGCGACAGGCCUCCGUCGACGCCGCGAUCGACGAGAUCCGCGCGUCCUUCCCCCAGCUCACGCCCGGCGCGCUUCGAUGGGCAUUCGACGUGCUCUUCUCGCGGCUCAUCCGUCUGCCCAACCGCGGCGGCGCACUCGCGCUGGUGCCGUGGGCGGACAUGCUCAACCACAGACCGGGGUGCGACGCGUACAUCGACGACACCGGCGGCGCCGUCUGCCUCUCGCCCGAUCGCAGGUACAAACCCGGCGAGCAGGUGUACGCGUCUUACGGUCCGAGGCCGUCGUCGGAGUUGCUCAUCUCGUACGGCUUUGCGCCAGCCGUGGGCGAGAACCCGGACGACGAGUUCGAGGUGGUGCUCGGCAUCGACCCGAACGAUCGACACGCGGACGCCAAGGCGGACGCGCUGAGGCGCAUCGGGUUGUCCCCCGUCGAGGCGUUCCCGCUCAAGCUCAACGGGUACCCGAAGCAGCUGCUCCAGUACGCAUCCUUCGCUCUGUGCGACCCGGAUGACCCGAAGGAACUGCCGGGGCUGGCGGAGAAGGCGCUCAUCGGCAACCGCGCGGUGGGGGGGCUGCUGGGCGCCAUCACGAAGGGGAAGAGGGGGACGCAGGGGGAGGUUUUGGGCGGCGUCGCGGGCGAGAUUGCCGUUCGCGAGCUCCUCGCGGAUAUCACGUCAGACGCGCUGUCCAAGUAUCCAAACACGCUGGAGAAGGACAGGGAGAUUGCGACGUCGGACCCGACGAAACCGGCGGGUAAGCAGGCGAAGAAGAAGAAGAGCUUCCUCGCCGAGCUGCGCGGGCCGGUUCGAGUCAGCGAGCGCCGGAUCCUCGCCAAGACGGACUCGGAGGUGAGGCUGCAGCUGAGGAAGCUCAAGGCUUCGCAGAUGACGGGCGGGAACUGA